AUGUCUGUGGAGGCUGUUAACCACGACAACUGCAUCUUGGGGAGCCUGUGUCCCUUAAUUUAUGGAAGAGCUUUUCCGGAGAGCCUUCGAAAGCCCCCGUUUCCUGGUAAAUGUUUUAUGCUUCUUAAUUUAUAGAUAUGAACUCGGUACAUUGAAGUGAGAUUCCCAGUAGUGCAACCAGUCUCCCAUCAAACAAGGUAAACAGACGUGUUUUGGGAAAUGCAAUACACUUUUUUCUCUGUUUUCAAAGCCGAGGGAACAUUGUCUGCGCUACUAAAUUUUUCUUUUCUUCGCCCAAAGUUGCGAUAAAUUGAACUAACCGCACGCGCAGAGGCCCACUGCUGAACAUACAUUAUUUAAGAAAGAAGUUAUUUCUUUUUGCCCGAAUAAGUAAUUCAAUUUUCCGAUCUUAAUUACGAUUAAGUAACUUUACUCAUUUUGAAGGUGCAAAUGCUUUUGUGCUCUCGCAACUAGGUGUUUUUAUAGUAGAAUCGUAACGUGAUUUUGUACAGGAUAUCGCUUCGCCUGUUCAGUCAAGAAUGAUUAUUUUUUUUCUAGAGAUACCUUGCUUUAUUGUUGAAAUAAAUAUACUAAUUUCUUUCAAAAACUAUUAUUCUUUCUCAUAAAAGGGUUAUCUUUAUUUCUCGUUAUCCUAAGAUGUAUUGGAUUUAAAAAUUUAUAACUUAUAAUGGAAAAUAAUUGAAAUGUUGAUAAAGUGAAAAUACCAGAGGUAUAUAGAGUCUCUAGGGAGAUGUUUAAGAGCAUCACGUAAGGGGAAAGAUUAGUUGAGUUUACUGAAGCAGAGCAAGGCAGGGGUCGAUUUCUUCUUCGUUUCAUUUGGCACGUGGGAAUGCCCACAACCGCACUAAGUAAACACUAUGUCUAUAGUUUGAUUGUGUUUCAUAUUGUACCGGCAGGUGGGACGCAAAAAGUUUUUAAUGAUUCAGCAUUCAAGUAUUUUUCUUUUUUUCCCAGUACCUACUUGAACCUAUUGUGGCCUAAUAUUACUUGGUAUAGUUUUCAAUAUCAUUGCACGCGCGUUUGUAUACAUGUGGAUUUUGAGCUCUCUCGCAGUGGAGUGUAAAUUGCAUGAUAGAUUCGUUUCUUAUCACCAUGUUCAAACUUUGUACUGUCUAGGUAAUCGGCGUGAUUAUAGCGAUUAUGUUUAUUGCUUGUUUACGAAUUUCUGCUGCUUUGUGAUUAUAAAAGUAUAAAUAUUUUCAUUAUCCAAGAUACAAACUCGGCUGGAAUUCGAUCAACGAUAGAAAAAAGCGGUCCACUUGGGGAUUUUUUUCUGUUUUGCGCGGUCAUACCACUGCACUCGGGAGGUCGCCGGGGAAAUACUUGAAGUUUCGAGAUCUUUGAUCUCGUUUAAACAGGCUGCUUGCUAGCGUCUUGCUGUCUGCUGGAUCUUCUGCCACGCACGCAAAUCAGAAACAUUGUUGAAAAUUUGAGACUCAGAUAACACUGGCCAAUUACAUUGUCAUUCUAUUCAUACCGUUUGUGCGAAAGGUCACAAUCAAUCUACGAUAACUGGGUAGCGUUUUACAAGGAAGGAGCUGCACGACAGACGGGUGCCUGAGAGUGGAAUAAGAGUUCAAUUUAUUCCCAAUCAUCCGUAAAGAGGUUUUCGUUUGCAAACAUUUACACUGAUAACAAGCCCUGGAAUACGCAAUAAAGUCCGCGAGUAGCUUAUCUUUGUUAUCAGCUAUAUCUUGCGGUCACGUUCCACCUGUCUUAACAAUAGACUUAACAUUACAGCCAAUCGGAACACGGCGUUUAGUAAUUAGUUCUAAAGCAAAACACCCAUGUUGUUUUUCUACGCUCUGUAAUGGCGGAUGCGGCCAUCGAAUAGCACCCAGGGACCCGUUUGAUCAAACACACUUGGCAAACAGACUCAACGGGAUGUAUUCUUACCACGACAAGAGAAACCACUCGAGCAUCGCUAAUGCGGAUCAGCAAAGCCGUUAAUUUCUACUCGUCAAAUAGGAUAUUAUUUUAUCGCUUGUAAGAAAAGCAUAUAAAUGAUAACAAAUACAGUCAAAGAGGUUGAUGUUAGAUUGAUAAGUAACAAAUCUUUUUGGCCUCUGAUCUAAAAUUACAUCUGACUUUGAAGAGUUGUGUAUUUUUCAGUUGUUCAGUUGCGAACCAAAGAUCGUGUUUGACUUUCACAAUCUUUGAAGUGCAUCUUGUUUUCUGGAAGUACUUGCCAAAAUCCUCGCGCGCCUCAAUUCGUCACGUGGCAUUAGAUGUUUAGCAGACCUCACGUAAAAAAAUUACCGCUAAUUCACUGUUUGAAAACUUUACAUGGAACCCAAGCGCGUGAUUGACAGAUCACUUAGCAGAAGAAUCGAUUGUUUGAUUUGUGUACCAAUGAAGCUUUGAAUGAAAAGGAGAAUCAAACAAAAUGUCAACGAUGGCCGGCGCUGAUUGGUCAACUUGUUGACCUGUCAUUUCGUAUGUGUGUACAAGCAGGCCACUUGGCGCCAGCCAAGCGGGAGCGUACUCUGGCUCUGGUUUGCUUACAAAACCUUUCAAACAUUGUUUGAAUAUAACCAGACACCACAUCUCAGCUUGUGCAUUGCGGGGUUUAGCCCAUAAGACUCAACAGUGAGGUAUUUACAAAACACCUUAAAGGUUUUUCACCGGCCCUCUAUGCGUCAAGGACACUCUUUUCAGUAGGUGCGCUGUGAUGGCGCGUUUUUUCAUGUGAAUUUCGGGAAUAUUUUUUUCUCUCUUGUCACGUACCCGUGAAGUUUGCGCGCGGCUCAACUCUAACAAAGCUAAUGCCUCACUUUAUUUUAACGCCUUAUCUGCCCCAUCUCGUUCCCUACAGCCUGGGAGAUCUCCUUUUGUGUGUUAGGGGCCCUGAAGAUAUUCCAUAUCUGUUUGAAUGGCUUCUACAGUUUUUCUGAGUGUGUUCAUCAGAUAAAAUUGCGGAACCUACAUUUUACGCGUAAAACUGUGAAUGGGAACUUCCGUUCGCUGAUACACGCUCUCGUUUUGACGUCUUGCGCUGUUAGCCGAAGUUCCCAUUGAAUAUAAUGGCAUGACAAUAAAAUUCCUUUUACCUAUUAUUUCCUGUAGUUAUUGUUUUGGGACUUAUUAAACCAUUUAAAUUUAUGCUACUCUGACAGUUUUGUGUUUUAUUUGCUCUGAGCAACACCUCUGUUCUCUUGAAGGUUUUUCUAGAGUCGCAACUUUGAAGAUGGAAGGUACAGCCUCUGAACAUAGAUGGAUUCACCCGGCUCUUAGCCAACAACACGAAAACCCACACGGUAGCGAAAGAAUGCAGCCCACAGCCUCGAACUGUGCAGGGAACAAUAUGAAUUUGGUUGAGACGAACCAACUCUUGCCACCAGACGAAGUGGACGUCUUCUUUCACCACCUCGACAGCUCAGGAAACGCUGCAAAUUGGUCAUACACUCCUGGCGGCCGUGCUUAUCGUCCUUCAAUUUGCCAAAUGCCCGCGCACGGACCUACAGCGUUUCAAGACCCUCAAGGCCAAUCUGGUCCACAAAGCUGCAGUCGAGUGUUCUUGCCUACGGCUCGCGUACCGUCUGGCCAGGUUUGCCGACCGCACUUUCACACUCCAAUACAGUGGAUUGAAAGCAAGCCGGCUCCUGGUCUCAUGUCGCACGGUUGUUCCACGCCGAAUCCAGCGUCAGUUUGGUGUCCGUCUUUCCAGCAAGGUCAUCGACCGAGUCCUGUUCCCGUUUCGAUGCCUCCCUCAGCAGUUUCAGGUUCCAUGUCCCUGUCUCACAGCUCAGCGCACUUGUUCCCUUUCCCACCGACUCCACCAAAGGAUAAUACAAGUGAGAACGGAGUUAUUGGAGGCGAUAUUUUCAGCUACGGUAGUGAAAAGAAGGCUCGUUUGAAAGCCGGAAUGCCGCUUGUAUCCCCAAGGCCCGAUGCGACAACGUUCGCGGGUUAUCCUUCUCAGGCUCUCCCACAUUACGUUGGCUCAGAGCUAAAUAUGUCCUCUUUCGGAGCAAUCCCGGGUUUGUCAGGCCUUAUGGCGAAUAGAAACUUUCCUAGAAACAGAACGAAGAGCCGAUCGAAUUCAGGUUAGUGAAAUCUAGACUCGAGCAAACAAAAACUAAUCGCCAAAUCGAAUUAUCUCCAAAAUGCCACUUUGCCAGCGAGAUUAGCUUUGUUUUCUUCUAAAAAAGCUGCGUGAGCAAAGGUUUCUCUUUCCGCAAAAUUUCUUUCACGCCUGUGGAGAUUGGAAGUCUUAAUUAUUUCCCUAAUAAAUCUAAUUACCGUGCGGUCAUUUAACUGUUUGAGACUCGGUUCUUACUGCAGCGGCAUUCCUGCUUUCAGAAACCCCUUACAGUAAACUGGUAAAUCAUUUGUUCUGUUUAUCAAUAAUUUGACGUUAAAGAUGGUAACCACCGCGAAAUACUGAAACGGUAACCAUAGAAGUUCGACUAAGGAAUCUCUAAUUUACUGACGUUUCUACGGCUCAUCUUUAACUGAGAGGAGAAUUCCCUGUAGUUGAUUUAGUAGCCAAGGGACUGCAAGGCUGUUUGUAAUAAGAAAGCAAAAAGUGGGCAAGGACCCGUUUGUAUAAUAUUUAUGUUUUCGUUAAGUGUGACCUUUCACGAAUCGGUUUACCUCAAGAAACACGACUAGCUCGAUCUCACAAAGAGAGGCUCACACGCAAAACGAAUUAAAUUCAGGCGCCUGUUUGUUUUCGUUAUCGGUAAAUUUUCUCUUUAUCGCGAGUGGUUGCCAUUAAACAAGAUAGAAGGAACAUGGAACGUUGGUCGUCAACUGAUUUUUGGUUGUUCGUCUUUUCAACCAGCCGACGGGCGCGAAUGUGUGAAUUGCGGAGCUACUUCAACUCCAUUAUGGCGCAGAGAUGGCGGUGGGCAUUAUCUGUGUAAUGCCUGUGGAUUGUACCAUAAAAUGAAUGGCUCCAGUCGACCUUUAAUAAAGCCAAAAAGAAGAUUGGUGAGUAUAUGUUAGGUUUUAUACCCGGCGUAAGACUCCUGAAAGAGUCGCUUUCCAUUCCUUAAGCUUCCUUUAUUUUCCUUUUCCCUCCAUUUAUAGAAAAUCUAAGACGUACGAAAUCAUUUUGCAAAUUUUCGCUUUUAAAAAAAAUCUGACGGUUUACCCGGGGCGUUUACAAUCGCUGAAAGGAAACAGUGUGUAAAUUCUCAAAGCCUUUUCAAUAUUGAUUGAUAACUUCAAGGCUCGAUCUAGGAGAGGAAUCAGAAUGUUGCUCUUCCUACUAAAAAUUUUUCUAGGGCGUAGGAAUUUUUAAUGAUAUUUUUUUCCUUUCUUGCCUGCACGGGAUUUGAUUAAAUUUUAAAAGGAAAGGCAUUCUAUGCCAACCACAAAAUCCAUGUUUCUUUUCAUUCAAAUUCGGCAUUUAAAAGCAGACGUUGUCACUGUUUCAAGCCAAAGAAACCAUGGCUUGUCAUCGCCUUUAACAGAACCCUUAACUGCUAUUUAUGGAGUAAAGAAACCCCUGAGAACAAAUUGCAUUUAAACAAGCUUAUUACGGGUUUGGCGUAGUUUGAAACAAUCCCUUUUUGUGAAUUGCGAGGUUUCUCUCUUUCUGAGUUGUAAUUUUUUUUCUCUCUCUGUUUUUUCCAAAUAGUCGGCUGCCCGCAGAGCGGGGACUUCGUGCGCUAAUUGCCAUACCACACAAACUACUUUAUGGCGACGCAACCAAAACGGAGACCCUGUUUGCAAUGCGUGUGGACUUUAUUGGAAACUUCACGCGGUAAGUGAUUGCGAGUGAUUCGCGCACGCGCGUGUUUCUUGAGAACGCGAACACGCGCCUACUGUUUGCUAGAAAAAGAUUUCUCAGAGAAAAUAAAAGCGUUCUAAGAACGUAAUAAGCGCAAAAGAUAAGAUGAUUGGCGAUAACUGGUAGGUUUCUUGAUUUAUUUAUCGGUCUAUCUCAAAUUCAUGUGUGCUUAAUGGCUUACGAAACGAUAAACAAAUAUAGUUUUAAGACGAUAGAAAACGCGAAUUUCCUUCGUUUGAGAUAAGGAACUUCGUCAUGAAAAUCGCUAGUCUAGUGAAAAGAAGUAUUUUUGGGAGUUUUCUGUUAACGUCGAUAUUGGAAAAAAGUUUUUUUGGAAUGCAAAUUAGCUGGUCAAUUCAUUUAUUGAGUAAAAUGUCGACCGCUCUUUUGACGGACAGUCCCUACACAGUUUCUCUGAGACCUUGUACAGCUGUUCUCGCUGCCGUUAUGUAUGUUGAUUAUACUUCUAUUACAAAGCUCGUCAAUUAGUCUUUAGGAAAGUUGUGGUAAUUUCAUCUCAAUAUCCGGUUAAGUUAUUUUGAGUAAAAGCGUAAUGCGGUUUUCUGUUAUGCUUCCGAUUUUUUUCGAGGCUUGUAAAUAUUUUUACAUGUUCAAUCACUUUUGUUUGAAGUACAUCCAAGCGCGAGCCAGCAGUUUUUCACGCGGCGGGCUUCUUUCAGCAAACAGUAGGGUUUUGUUAUGCUUUGUAUACAUUCGUAAUUUCUUUUACACGAUUCAAAAAACACAGCUUCGUCACACCUUCUCAAUAGCUUACUAAAAGCUGAAAAUGCCAUGCUAAUUAAAUGGUCGGGUAUUUAAUGUUUAAUGAGUUGUUUGUCCGUUAAAAUCCACGUGCAAAAGUUUAAACUUAACAGAAUCCUUAUUUCCUGCCUUAAUUUAAUUGUCAGAAAACCAGCUUUCAUAGGCGAAACCCCUUUGUCUAGGGCGGGGGCUUGAAUUUUAGCUCAAACAUCAAACUUGUCGGUUAUAUCGAGUUAAUAGCUUCCUUUUAUUCGCUGAGUAGAAUUAGAUUUUGCCCUAUUUCCUGUGCAUUACCCACAUAAUGAGAGUUUAAUAUUUGUUAUGUUGUGAUGUCUUUUCAUAAGUCAGUGAACAAAUGUCUAGUUUUUCAGCUUUUAAGCAAAACGCCGGGGUAUAAUUGCGGUCAAAAUACUUUUGUGCAUCUGUUUAUUAGAUGAUCAGUCUAGCUUCCUCAUUUUUUUUGUUACGCGAAGGGACUUUUAUUUUUCUGUUGUCUCAAUAUAUAAUGAAUUACUUAACUGUAUGAAUUUUUAAUUUGGAAACUGUUUUUUUACUUAUAUUCUUUUGUGCUUGUAUGCAUUGAUAAAAAAAGAAAAGGCAAUCCGUUCACCGUAAAGAACAAAUUCAUUUAGCUCUGUAGAAUUAAAACGUUUUAGACAAGGUUCUUCAGAGAUGUAGAGAAUUGAUCCUUGGUAUUUAAAACGGACUACCACCUGCCUUUCGUACCAUUGUAUUUCAUUUAAAAGGCCCCCGUAAAACGUAUGGACAGCCUUUUGUUUCAGAAGGCUUGUUAAACUUCACGAAAGAAAGAAAUUCAGCGAAUUACAACCGGUUGCUACGAAACGAAAUCAACUCCAGCCUAUUCCGUUCGGCAAAUUUUCCUCAAGAUCGUUUAAUUUUUGGGAAUGCAAUUACAGCCGAUUUGAUUUUGUAAAUUCAUGAAGUGCACAUUCUAGAACAAUAGAUCGCUGCAAGAGGGGAAUGGCUUUUGAUACUAAAGGGUGUUUAAACUAUUUUUUUUCUCUUUUAAAAUGAUUUAGUAGUUUAGUUCAAUGGUCUAGAAGGAAAGCAGAUUUUUUUCUUUAUCAAUAACGGGCGAUGGAAAUAGAUCAUUAUGCUUAGAUUUUGAGAUUUUUUUUUUUUUUUUUUUUUUCAUCCUCGCGUCACUUCACAUCAUAAUCCAAUUUCCGCUGCUAAUGGAAAAAUGGAGAGUGUACUUAUUAGCUUCUGUAAGUCACGAAAUGACAACUUUUCUCUCGUUUUGCUCAUUUUUUCUCGAGAUUUUCACUUCAGAAAAGUAAAAACUCUAACAUGCCAGUGUGUGCUUUUGAAUUGUCUCCUCGAAUUUCACUUUUCCACUGACUUUUAAAAGUUUCGUAGAUUUCUAUCCAUGCAUGACCGGGAAACAAGCGGCACACGAAAAACACAAUUUAUCAUUGAACGUCAGCCGAAACAAAACGCACAGAUUUCCUAGUUAACGCAAGGGAUUAAAACAUUCAUAUUCGUCUUAAUGAGGUUUUGUUGUUGCCUAUGGCAGUCGCUGAUUCUUUCUUUUCAAUUCCUUAAGGUUAACCGCCCGCUCUCAAUGAAGAAAGACGGUAUUCAAACAAGGAACAGAAAAGUCUCGUCAAAGAACAAGAACAAGUCCAAAGGCGUUAAGCAGGAACAAAAACACGGAGGCGAAGACAAGCUUCUGAGCAGUCGUGACUCAAUGCCUAGUUUGAGCCAAGGAAAUGUAGUAUCGAGCAUGAUCAGCCCCGUUUUAAGUCCAACAAUUCACACACCGACUGCGUUUUCAAGGCCCUCUAUGAGUGGUAUUCCCGGCUUACACCCCGGUCUAUAUGGCCCGCUUAUUUCUUCGACUCCACCGAACCCGUCGAGUUAUCUACCUGCGCCGCCUUCGGUCUCGAUAAACGCUUCGUAAAGAACUAGAAAGACAUGAAAGAAAGAGAACUUUGCGACAGAAAUGCAAGUACUGAAACGAGCCUAAGUCACAGAGGAACGACCAGCGAACCUUGUUGAACGAGAAAGUUCGCGAGAAAAGCAUACCUCUUCACUUCGUGUCGCUCAAUAUUGCGACACCUAAAAACUGUUCCUGUAUAUGAACACUAAACAAAACGAAAAGGGAAAGAAAAUAUUGUUAAUACGUGCUCGUACCUUAAUUUUCCCCUUAAGUAUUUACUUUUCCUCGAUCCGUCUCGCGGUUGUCGAAAAGCGCUGAAAGUAAAGGAACUGUGACUCAUAGCAAGCAAGGCGAUUUUGUUGUGUGCAAUUGCAAGAGAUUUCAUGUUGUUGUUCUUUUAACAGUUUUGGACAGUUUAAAUAUUGUACAAACCCAUGAUAAGAUUAGGUCUGCGCGUUGCAGAAUUGAACUUUUCUGCAGAUAAAGCCGCCCUGCUUGCCUGGUAGAAGAUAAAAUAGGCCUCAUAUUUGAUUUCAUGUAAUAUUUGUAUGUAAUUAAAAGCUUUAUCGUGUACUCUUAUAUCGCUUCUUGUCUCAUGGCAAACCAGAGAUAGGAGACCGUAUCGGUCGAAAGAGAGAAUAUAUGCUGUAAAUAUUAAAACUUGAGGAUAUACUGAAUCUAUUCAUACAGAAAGCGCCAUCACUUCUCCUCUAGGCUCGCUCUGGUUAGUAUCUAGCCUGAUUCUAUCUUUUUGGCUCGUAAUUCUAUCAUUAUGUGCCCAAUAAUAGUUUGCUCCUUUCGUCUUAUCCAUUCUCCACGUUAACUUGUAUUUUCGUCGCUUUCUUUUGAAACCCAAGAAUAGUAUUACGUUAUAUAGAAUAUAAUAAGUAUAUGAACGUUG